AUGGCGACCGAAUCAUUAUCCGAUGUAAUUUUUCGUGUUUAUUCUAUGAACGAUUAUGAGGAAAAUUUAUCUAAACUACACGAUCUAUUUCAACGGUGUCAGUACACGAAUCAGAAAUUCGUAACGAUGGGUGCCAAAGAUAAUUUACCUGUUCUAUUCCAUUGUGAGACUACUGACUAUCUACAACCGAUGAAACAGUAUCGCAAAUCAUGGUGCUUUGCACUAGUGCAAUCUACUAACAAUCGUGUUGUAUCUACUUUGGUGUUUAAUAUUAAAACUGUAUAUUAUGGUCAUAUUCCAGUAACUGCCAUAUGUAGUCGAUUGAUGCGUGUUGAUCCCGAUCAACGACGGCAACAGCGUUCAAAAGAACUAAUCCAGAGAGCUAUCGAAUGUAUUCAGGAUCCACUUCCAGACAUAGUGCUAGGCUAUACGGCUACUGCCAAUAUAGCAUCACUGAGCUUGCAACAGAAUUUACUUGGCGCUCCACCUGAUCGAGCCGUUUUGUUAGAUGCUUUCAUCCUCUCUACCGAAGCCGGUACUGUGACAGUUAACUUUCAUAAACUGAAUAAGGCAGAAACAGAACGUCUUUGGACAAUUGACAUGAUCGAUUGGGUACAGCGUCCAGAACUCUCAGAUCUGCAUUAUAUUAUGCAACAGAGUGAAUAUGUGGGCACUUUUGUUGUAGGCGACUUUAGUUCACGACGAUAUACUGCGGCAAUGAUAUGGGAACCAGCAUCGACUACACUUCACGAUGAUCGACUAGGUAUCAGCAAUCCAUAUAAAGGUCAAUUGAGAAUAGCUAUGAAUUUCUUCCAAUCCUACGAUCCCACGUCAAUCGAUGCCAUCGGUGAAAGAGAAAAUCUUCUAUUAGCAUUAAAUCAUACAGCUGCUGCUGCUGGAAUACCGUUUAUGCUUUGCUAUGCCCAGCAAACAUCACCAUUUAAACUUCUAUUCGAGCAACAAUCAUUAGGCGUAGUAACACAAAUUGUAUCGGGAGUUCCUACGUCAGAAUAUAUGAUUAAUGUAGUUAAUCAGUUCAAACAUUCACCUAUUUGGUUCGAUCCACGUGAUAUGGGACCUCUGCUAUACUUUAAAGCUUCAUCAAAUAAAUUUCAAUCACAGUUAUGA